AUGGCUACCGCCGACGAAGUAGCAUUGCCAUAUCACGAGCCAGGUAUCGUCACUAUCUUGACUCUGGUCUCAUUUAUACUGUUGCUUAACGUCGCCAACCAUAUCAUCGAUAAGAUACUUUACUGUGGCCUCCUCGUGCAGCUGUUCCUCGGUAUUGGGUGGGGAACUCCUGGAGCAAACUGGCUCGGCCGGGAUUUUGAGCAUGUUGCCGUUAACCUGGGAUAUCUUGGGCUUCUCCUUAUUGUAUACGAAGGAGGAUUGAUGACCUCUUUUAAGGCUCUGAAAGACAACGUUCUCUUAUCGCUUGGUGUCGCAAUCACUGGUAUUGCUCUUCCAAUCUCGGCUUCCUAUAUUCUGGUCACCCUAGUGGAGGCAACACCGUUACAGGCAUUCGCCGCAGGAGCUGCGCUAUGCUCUACGAGUUUAGGAACAACAUUUACUGUCAUGAAGGCCAGUAGCUUAUCUACCACCAAGAUGGGCAUCGUGCUUACAAGUGCGGCAAUGAUGGAUGAUGUUGUUGGACUUGUGAUGGUCCAAGUCAUCUCUAAUUUAGGAGGCACAUCUUCCUCCUUUAGCGCCGUUACCAUUGUACGACCCAUUUGCGUCUCAAUAGGUUUCGUGUGCGCCGUCCCGCUGGCAGCUCGCUUCAUUGUCCAACCGUUUACGACUUGGUUGAACGGUAAACGGACAACUAGCCCCACUGGCUAUAUUAACUACGUGCUAACUCGGGAUACAACUGCUCUGAUUAUUCACACGGCGAUCCUGGUUUGUCUGAUAACCGCAACAACUUACGCUGGUACUUCAAACUUAUUCGCAGCCUACCUAGCCGGUGCAUCAAUCAACUGGUGGGACAACACCCUCUCACACCCAACUUUUCAUGGGUCUGGCAGAAAUCUUUCGAUCGAUCACACCGACCGCUCCCAGUCUAUGUUGAGCGCGCCAUCUAGCACAUCUGGAAUCGAGGUUUUCAAACGCUUCUUCUACCAACCACUUCAGCGGAUUCUAAAACCACUAUUCUUUGCAUCCAUUGGCUUCUCAGUACCUAUCACCCGCAUGUUCACCGGCGGUGUCAUCUGGCGUGGGGUCAUUUAUACGAUAUUCAUGUUCAUUUCUAAAUUUGCGUGUGGCUUUUGGCUCAUGCGCCUGCCUGGUCUGGCAGCCGGUGUCUUAGGGCUGAAACGAAGCUCUAACACAGAGAAGAAGCUUACAGGUGCUAACAAGAUAGGAGCCACAGCCGCAGCAGCUGGUUCGGGUAGCGUCUCGGACCCUCAGAAAGCAUCUUUAGACGACUUGCCAGCGCCAAAGUCUUCUGCUAUACCAGAGAAAAAGCAAUCUGCGUCACGACAGAGCAAUGAGGGUCGCGUUCGCACCAGGUCCACGGUCACUUCCACCUUGAAACCCAUAUCACUUUAUCCUGGCUGCAUCGUAGGAAGCGCCAUGGUAGCCCGCGGUGAAAUCGGGUUUCUUAUCUCCGCGCUUGCGGAAAGUAAUGGCAUUUUCGGUGGUGAACCCAAUGCUUCCAUCUUCUUGAUUGUUACGUGGGCAAUUAUGCUGUGCACUAUUGUAGGACCGGUAAUUGUUGGAACAUUGGUGGCAAGAGUUAAAAAAAUGGAGGGUAGAGCAGGAGAAGGGCAGGGCCGAGAAGGAGUGCUGGGAGAAUGGGGUGUUCGCUGA